GGGAGGGGGAGGAGCCGGGUUAAGGAGCGCCGCGUCACGUCCGGAAGACUUAGAGCCCGUGCGGAGGCGGUGCGGAGCGCUCGGGUUCUCGCGGCUUGGGAACGAGUGAGUCCUGUGAGGCCGCGGCGGAGCUUCUCUAUAGAAGGCGCAGGAAGUUGGCAGCUUCGAUUGAAGCACAUCGGGAGACGACAGCUGUUAGGAGUCAUGAGCGACAGCGGCGAGCAGAACUACGGCGAGCGGGAAUCCCGUUCUGCUUCCAGAAGUGGAAGUGCUCAUGGAUCUGGGAAAUCUGCAAGGCAUACCCCUGCAAGGUCUCGCUCCAAGGAAGAUUCCAGGCGUUCCAGAUCAAAGUCCAGGUCCAGAUCUGAAUCUAGGUCUAGAUCCCGAAGAAGUUCCCGGAGGCAUUACACAAGAUCAAGAUCUCGCUCCCGCUCCCAUAGACGAUCCCGUAGCAGGUCUUACAGUCGAGAUUAUCGAAGACGGCAUAGCCACAGUCAUUCUCCCAUGUCUACUCGCAGGCGUCAUGUCGGGAAUCGGGCAAAUCCUGAUCCCAACUGUUGUCUUGGGGUGUUUGGAUUGAGUUUAUACACUACAGAAAGAGAUCUGAGAGAGGUAUUCUCUAAAUAUGGCCCUAUUGCUGAUGUGUCUAUUGUAUAUGACCAGCAGUCUAGACGUUCCAGAGGAUUUGCCUUUGUAUAUUUUGAAAACGUAGAUGAUGCCAAGGAAGCAAAAGAGCGUGCCAAUGGAAUGGAGCUUGAUGGACGAAGGAUUAGAGUUGAUUUCUCUAUUACAAAAAGACCACAUACCCCAACACCAGGGAUUUACAUGGGGAGACCUACCUAUGGCAGCUCACGCCGUCGAGAUUACUAUGACAGAGGAUAUGAUCGAGGCUAUGAUGAUCGGGACUAUUACAGCAGAUCAUACAGAGGAGGAGGUGGAGGAGGAGGAGGAUGGAGAGCUGCUCAAGACAGGGAUCAAAUUUACAGAAGGCGGUCACCUUCUCCUUACUAUAGUCGUGGAGGAUACAGAUCACGUUCCAGAUCUCGUUCAUACUCACCUCGUCGCUAUUAAAGCAUGAAGAUGAAGACUUUCUGAAACCUGCCCUAGAGUUGGGAUAUUGUUUGUGGACAAUAUUUUUUAUUGUCUCCUGUUUAAAAAGUGAACAGUGCCUAGUGAAGUUAGGUGACUUUUACACCUUUUAUGAUGACUACUUUUGGUGGAGUUGAAAUGCUGUUUUCAUUCUGCAUUUGUGUAGUUCGGUGCUUUGUUCAAAGUUAAGUGUUUUCAGAAAAGUAUGUUUUGCAUGUAUUUUUUUACAGUCUAAAUUUUGACUGCUGAGAAGUUUCUAUUGUACAAAACUUCAUUUAAAAGGUUUUUCUACUGAAUUCAGGGUAUUCUGAAGAUCGAAGCCUGUGUGUAAAAAAAAAUAUUACCAAAUGGUAAAAAGCAACAAUAAAGUUCGGUUUUUACUUUUCUUUCUAACAUAUCAGUGCUUAGCAGAACUGUUAAGAUUAGGUUGUCAGUAGUAAAUUUCAAGACAAAGGUCCGUUUUCUCCAUCCAUGAAACAUACAUACUUAAUAUACCUGCAAAUAAAUGUUAAAAAUUAUGCUCUGUAACUCUGUACUGCUAGUAAUUAGAACUAAAAAUCUUUCAAUACAGCAAAUGCUUAAUGCUUAUAUAAAUGUGGAUUUGUCAGCCUUUAUGUAAUCUGUAUCUCAUAUAGCAGGGAAUAAGAAAAAAGAGUUACACAAUGUAUGCCUUAAAAGGCUGAUUUCUUAAAGCUGUUAAAAGGGGAUGGUAGUAUUUCAAGUACUUAUCAGCAAGUGACAAUACAUUCCACCACAAAUGUACUCUUGUUUUUCUAGCUUUUAGACUAUAUGAAAAACUGGGUGCUUCAGAGUUGGGGAAAAGAAGGGAACACUACACCUGUGCAAACUGAAGACUGCCUGUUCAUUUUUUAAAUAUUAUUUUCAAGUCCUUUGCUUACCAAAGGAGGCCCAAUUUCACUCAAAAUGUUUUGAGAACUGUGUUUAAAUAAAUGCAAAUGAAAAGAGUAAAAGGCUGGUACAACUCAGUUUACAAAGAUUUUGUUUUAACAUUAUUGACUUAAAAUUGGAGUCUUUAGUCUUGUGUAGUAUCAGUAUCCCUUGGGCUGAGACAUAAUUCUUUUUGCCUUUUUUUUUUUUAAAUUUAGGUAAUUAUAUAUUCCUGGAAAGCACAUGAAGAAUAAGUAUUGGAGUGAUCAUCUCCACUUGGAUUUUAUAACUCUGGCCUCCAUACUUUGGCCCUGAGUGUACCUGAAACACAUGUUCUCAGUAUUGUUUCUUCUGAGUUUAGGUGGUUUUCAUGGCCAAUUCUAGGAAAAUUGCUAUAGGAAGGAAACAAUUUUGUUAGCCUGCUAACCUUUAUAGUAUGUAGAUCUCUUGUUUAAUAUAUCCUAGGUACUUGUAAAACACUUCAUGUACAUUAAUUUAUUUAGUCUGUAGCACUUGUGUGAUAGAACUUUUAAUAGCUAUUAAAACGGCGGUGCCAGGAUCUGAACCUGGGCAUUCUCAAUCCAGUGUAUAUUCUUAAUCAUGAUAACACUCUGCCUCUUAUUUGUGUAAACAUGAUUGAAAACACUGGUGAUAGAGUAUAGGCAAUAUUUGCAGGCUUUAAUAUGUUGAACUUACUGGGCAGAGUGUUUGAAAUGUAUGCCUCUCAUACUUUAAAUAUAUCUGUUAACAUCUACAUAGAUUUCUACCCCUGUAUAUUUGUUUCCAGUUAAGCAUCUGGAACUAUCUCACCUGAUCUGAGUAUUUCAAGUCUAUUCCUAACAAUUUCAGAAUAAGAAUUGGCCUUUCAGAUAGUUGAGUUUUUCAUCAUGUGGUCCAGAAGUGGUUGGAUUGUAAGGGAUAGAGGGCUGAGAAGCCUAGUUUUGAGCGAUAAAGGACAUGUGAAGGAAUGUGGUACUGCUUGUAGGUUCUUGAUGGAGGAGAUGAAAUGGUGAGGCAGCACGAAGACUGAGUGAAGAUGAGAACAGUGGGCAUCUGGUGCGGGUCUGACAGCUGCCUUAGCUUGAGGACCCACCUCUUGCAUUAGAGUGGGGCAAAAAAUAAAAAUUUCUCAGCCCUCUACUGGACCAGAGUCUAGAGCACUUUUGGAAAGGAACCAUGCCUAAUGGAUGUAUCCCAGGGGUGUUGGCUUGCAAUUAAACUAAUUCAUGUAAGCCACCAAUUAUUCUACCAAUAAAAAGGUUUUUUGUUUUUUUUUUUUUAAAUCUA